AGGCUAUGGUCUCGGGCACUGAGACAGCGGCAGCGGAAUGUGAGGACGCGGAGCUGCGGUGCCGUGUGGCUUUGGAGGAGCUGAGUCCCGGCGGGCAGCCGCGGAGGCGCCAAUUCCUGCGCACGGCGGACCUGAACCUCGGUCGCAACGAGCGCCGGGAGCUGAUGCUGCGGCUGCAGGCGCCGGGGCCCGCGGGCCGGCCGCGCUGCUUUCCCCUGCGCGAGGCGCGCCUCUUCACGCGCUUCGCCGCGGCGGGGCGCAGCACGCUCCGGCUCCCAGCGGACGGGGCCCCCCCGGCCGGCGCCGUGCAGCUGAUGCUCUCCGACUGCCCCCCGGACCGCCUGCGCCGCUUCCUGCGCACGCUGCGCCUCAAGCUGGCCGCUGCCCCGGGCCCCGGGCGGGCCUCCGCCCGUGCGCAACUGCUCGGCCCGCGGCCCAGAGACUUCGUCACCAUAAGCCCCGUGCAGCCCGAAGAACUGCGGCGUGUAGCGGCCACUCGGGUUCUGGACACCACACUGGCAAAACAGAUGGCCGAGCCCCGGAUGGGGGACAAGUCCAGCACGGAAGCCCCAAAGUGGCCUCUACCUGUGAAGAGGCUGAGCCUAUCCCCCAACAAGCCACAGCUCUCUCAGGAACAGGCAGCUGUGCUGAAGGUGGUCCUGAAGGGCCAGAGCAUUUUCUUCACUGGGAGUGCAGGGACAGGGAAGUCAUAUCUGCUGAAGCGUAUCCUGGGCUCACUGCCCCCAACAGGCACUGUGGCCACUGCCAGUACUGGGGUGGCAGCCUGCCACAUUGGGGGCACCACCCUCCAUGCCUUUGCAGGCAUCGGCUCAGGCAAGGCUCCCCUGGCCCAGUGUGUGGCCCUGGCCCAGAGGCCUGGCGUGCGGCAGGGCUGGCUGAAUUGCCAACGGUUGGUCAUUGAUGAGAUCUCCAUGGUGGAAGCUGACUUGUUUGACAAGCUGGAGGCUGUGGCUAGAGCUGUUCGACAGCGGAAUAAGCCCUUCGGAGGGAUCCAGCUCAUCAUCUGUGGGGACUUCUUGCAAUUGCCGCCAGUGACCAAGGGAUCCCAGCCCCCUCAGUUCUGCUUCCAGGCCAAGAGCUGGAGGAGGUGUGUUCCAGUGACCCUGGAGCUAACCGAGGUGUGGAGACAGGCGGAUAAGACCUUCAUCUCUCUGCUGCAGGCUGUGAGGCUGGGCAGGUGCUCUGAUGAGGUGACCCGCCAGCUCAGGGGCACAGCUGCCCACAAAGUGGGACGAGAUGGAAUUGUGGCCACGAGGCUCUGUACCCACCAGGAUGACGUGGUCCUCACUAAUGAGAGGCGGCUGCAGGAGCUGCCAGGUGAGGUACACAGCUUUGAGGCUAUGGACAGCAACCCUGAGCUAGCCCAGACCUUGGAUGCCCAGUGUCCUGUUAGCCAGCUCCUUCAGCUAAAACUGGGGGCCCAGGUGAUGCUGGUGAAGAACUUGGCGGUAUCCCGGGGCCUGGUGAAUGGUGCUCGGGGGGUGGUAGUUGGAUUCGAGGCUGAAGGGAGAGGGCUGCCCCAGGUACGGUUCCUGUGUGGAGUCACUGAGGUCAUCCAUGCUGACCGCUGGACAGUGCAGACCACUGGGGGCCAGCUCCUCAGCCGGCAGCAGCUGCCCCUUCAGCUGGCCUGGGCGAUAUCCAUCCACAAGAGCCAGGGCAUGUCUCUGGAUUGUGUGGAGAUCUCUCUGAGCCGUGUGUUUGCAAGUGGUCAAGCCUAUGUGGCCCUUUCCCGGGCUCCUAAGCUUCUGUUCCCUAUUAUCUCCACAGCAAGGUUCAGCCUAGCACAGCCCAGAACAAACACCCUGCUGAGCCUGACCUGA